UCGCAGUCGGACUGCGUGGCAUGGAGCUAGUGGACUGGACUGAAAUACGUACUUAAAGAAUCCAAAUCGCUUGGUGCUUUUGUAGUAGUUUGCAUCUUGUUCAAGUAUAGAAAAAUACUAAUCAGCUGUAGCUGCCUUUUCGCUAUUAUUCCGACAUCGAUAGAGAGCAAGCCAAUUCGCUGUCGUAUGUAGAUUGUGACUUUUGAACUUGUAGAUUUAUAUUUGGAAAGGAAUGCGAAACUUGGCUAAAAAUUUUAAGUGUCGAUGAAGUUUGUUUUUGCUUUUAUUUCCAAGCACAGAGAUCCGACGUCAAACGGCCAAGCAAUUCUAUACUCAUGCCUUGUUUGUUUGUUCGGAUGCGCUCCGGGCAACGCGUACGGUUUUGCAUGAUUUCUUUGCGCUUCGUGUGUUUGGUGCUGUGGUCGCCGUGUUUUUUGUGCUGUAUUCAUGCAUUCUCAUCUAAAUACAACGCUGGCAGUAUUAAGUGUAAUUCUUCAUACGCAAAAUGACAAGCCUCAUCGCGCUCGUUCCGCAAAAGGUUCACUACGCUCGACUUUCAUCACACGCAAGCUCAUCUGUAGUACUUCAAUUUGCGUCUUUACGAGCAAAAGCGCAGCUACUUAUUAUUUCAUGUGCGCAACAUGAUGAUGUAAUCAAAAUUUUCCAUCCUGACUUAGUUAACUACAUGAUAGGUCUCGAGUCGGUCCCUGACUACAGUGACACAACGUAUAAGGAACAGGGCCGGCCGCAGCGCAAUAAGCUUGUGAAGCGCAGCGACGAAUUUGAUGGCUCCAACGAGGUGUUUGAUUUUUACUCGCCUCUCUCGAGUGCUGGCCUCGUCGGUCCACUCCUUUCGCCAGGUCAGUACUGCGUCCCAUUCA